CCUUCAGGUAGGAGGUCCUGGAUGACUUUGGACGUCCGCUCAGCCGGGUUGCAGAAGCGGGCCAGCGUGUGUCCUGCUGUUUUCCUGUCUCUGUGGACGUAGGCCUCUGCCGCAGACAUGCUCCGCCAGAUUAUCGGGCAAGCCAGGAAGCAUCCCAGCUUGAUCCCUCUCUUCAUAUUUAUUGGAGCAGGAGGCACUGGAGCAGCACUGUAUGUGUUGCGCUUAGCAAUGUUCAAUCCAGAUGUCUGCUGGGACAGGAAGAAUAACCCAGAGCCUUGGAACAAACUGGGUCCCAAUGAUCAAUACAAGUUCUAUUCAGUGAAUGUUGACUACAGCAAACUGAAGAAAGAAGGCCCCGACUUCUAAACUAUGAAGUUCACCAUAAAGCUGCUUACAAUGAAGGUUUUCCUGAAGCCAUCCGCACAAUUUUCCACUUAACCAGGAAAUACUCUCCUCUUAAUGCAUGAAAUCAUGUUGAUUUUUUUGGAGUUAUUACACUGAUGAAUAAAUCUCUGAAACUUGAAA